AUGGCGUCCUCCAAAAACAAACUAAACGUGGACUCGCCCGUCUUCACGCCCGGAUCCGGCCAGUCUCCUCUGCGCAAGACGGCCACUCUAUCAAUGCAGGCUGCCGCAGCCAUCCCGUUUACCCCUCGGGGCAGCAGUGCUGUCUCGACCAGCAAUGCAUCCUCGGCCGCUUCGCCGCGCGAGCAGCUGCGCGAUCUUAUCGCUCCCAAGGACUCUGGCCAGAUGCUCUCGCGCGGCGACGUGCCGGCCUUUAACGUCGCCACGGCCCGUGAGUUUGUCCCGCGCUCGGCCGAACGCACGCCGCCCAACUACAACGUGGCCCUGGCCAGAGAGUUUCUCCUGCGCGGCGACCGCUCGCCCUUUAACAUCGCUCAAGCUGUCGAGUUCCGCCCCGUCGCCCUCUCCUCUUCGGCUGCCUCUUCGGCUGCACCCAUACACACCCUCCAAUCGUCCCCCGAGACGACACAGCAGUCGCUCCAGUCGCAGCAUACUGCUUCCACAAAUGCCACUCCUGCUGCUGCUGUCACCAACUCUACCGCCUCCCAGCCUCCGCUCCAGGCCCCGACACAGCCUGCCGCACACAUGCACAUUCCCACUGGCCCGGCACAGAGCUCGCAGAUCAGCAUUCCCACCGGCCCGUCGCGUGGCUCGGCCAAUAGCCACGCAAGCAGCGGCGUCGACGGUGUCAGCCACAUCACCUCCGGCACCAGAGCCAACAGCGUUGCCGCUGCUGCUGCUGCUGCUGCCAGCAUGGCUGGUCUGACUAUGGCCGGCCUGACCUACGGCUUGGGCCCGGGCGCCGACGCCGCUGCUGCCGCCGCCCUCUAUGAUUCCUACAGCGUCGCCGGUGCUGGCGUGACCGCUUUCAACCCCUAUGCUGCCGCUGCCGGGGGCGCAGGCCGUGAAGGUGCUGCGUAUUUCCAGAGCCAACCUCCCUUUGGAACCCAGCACCAGCCGCUCAAUGAACAUCUAUACUUUCCCCAAGGACCUCAUCGCCAGGACCUUCUGCCACGCCAGCGCACGGUGCAUGACUUCUUCCUGCCCGAGAAGCUCCGACAGGACGUCCACAUGAAGUCGAGAGCAGGGAGCCAAGCCGCUCUGACGCUGUCAGUCAAUGUCGAGAGCUACCACUCGCUGACGCCGUUGGACACCAACAGCCAUAAGGUGGCCGGGUCGUUUGGACGGAUCACGUGGCUUUACAAGGCAGUGGCCAGCAAAAACGGCAAGCACUACUGUCUGCGUCGGCUGGAGAACUUCCGGGUCAGCAACGAGAACGCACUUCGGGCGGCACGUGACUGGCGACGGGUCAGUUGCGGCAGCGUGGUCACAGUGCACGAGGCCUUCACGACACGGGCAUUUGGCGACAGCUCGGUAGUGUUUGCGACAGACUACUACCCGCUGUCGGUGACGCUGAUGCAGUACCACUUCCCGACAUACGGACAGAACCGGCCUCGCGGCAACGUGACGAUCCAGGAGACGAUUCUCUGGGGCUACUUUGUGCAGAUUACCAACGCGCUGCGAGCGAUUCACUCGGCCGGCCUGGCUGCACGGUCCAUCGACUUGACCAAGAUCAUCCGCACUGGCAAGAACCGGAUCCGGCUGAGCGGCUGCGCCGUGCAGGACGUCAUCAACUAUGACCCGACGCGCCGCGUCUCGGACCUACAACAGGACGACUUUGUUAAGUUUGGCGAGGUCAUGCUGGCCUUGGCCAUGUACACGCCACCCGGCGAGUUGAAGCAGCCGUACGCACCCAUGGAGCAGAUCCCCGAGAUCUACUCGCACGAGCUGAAGGAGGCCACCAGGAUCCACCAGAGCACUGCCGGACGGUAA